AUGGUCGGCGCAUUUCCAGUUUUCAAGCUUGGUGCGUUGGCAGUGAAGCAAAUUAGCAAACCUAUCGCAAAUUUUCUGAAGAGGAGAGCAAAAUCUAACCAAAUCUUUCGUCGAUAUGUUUGUUUACNUACCACCAUUUACCACUUAUGGGAAACGCGGUUGAAAUUACGCAUCCUUGGCUUGUCGAAGCCGGCUGAAGUUGCAAAGCUGAGCGAAGAUGCGGCUGCCGAGUUAGGUGCAGAAAUGCUUGGGGAAAUUAUAAUGUUCGCUUUUGGAGCAGCUAUCCUCGUUUUUGAAUAUCGAAGGCAAUCCCGAAAAGAAGCUUUCAAGGAGGAGAACCUACAGAAAAAACUUGACGAAUUAACAAACCAGAUAAACGAACUUUUCACUAUGGUAGAAAUAGAGGAAGCAAGAAUACGUGAACUAACUCGUGUUAUCGCGAUACUGAUAACUGAAAAUGACAGACCAGCCUUCAAGCGAGGAUAG